UUUUUCAAGCAGACCUGAGCAUCACCGGGGGCUGGGAGGGUGGGGGGCCCCGCGGCGCUGCCAGACCGACCCCUGCCCAUCGCUCUUAAGGAACUCUCAUGGCUUCACGGUUGCAUACAAGUUGCCGUGCAUCGUGGUGGACUAUCGGAGUUUGCAUCCUGGCAGCCGCGCUCCUACCAGGGCUGCAAGCUCAGACUGUCUUGGUCAAUGACAGCGUCUCGGGGUUCAUCGGCACCGACGUGGUGCUGCACUGCAGCUUCACCAACCCGCUGCCCAAUGUGAAGAUCACGCAGGUGACGUGGCAGAAGGCCACCAACGGCACCAAGCAGAAUGUGGCCAUCUACAACCCCGCCAUGGGCGUGUCCAUCCUGUCCCCCUACAAGGAGAGGGUGACUUUCCGGAACCCUUCCUUCAAGGAUGGCACCAUCCAGCUGUCCCGGCUGGAGCUGGAGGAUGAAGGGGUUUACAUCUGUGAGUUUGCCACUUUCCCAACCGGCAACCGGGAAGGGCAGCUGAACCUCACCGUGCUGGCCAAGCCCACGAAUUGGAUGGAGGGCACCAAGAGGCCGCUAAUUGCCAAGUCUGGCAGGACAGAAAAGAUCUUGGUAGCCACCUGCACCUCCUCCAACGGGAAACCCCCCAGCACUGUCACCUGGGACACGAAGCUGAAGGGGGAAGCGGAGUUCCAGGAGAUCCGGAACAGCAACGGCACCAUCACGGUGAUCAGCCGGUACCGGCUGGUGCCCAGCCGCGAGGCGCACCGCCAGCAGCUCAUGUGCGUGGUCAACUACCAGCUGGAGAGGUUCACCGACAGCAUCACCCUCAACGUGCAGUACGAGCCAGAAGUCACCAUCGAGGGCUUUGAUGGCAACUGGUUCCUGAACCGCAAGGAUGUGAAGCUGAUCUGCAAAUCUGAUGCCAACCCCCCAGCUCACACCUACGAGUGGAAGCUGCCAAACGGGACCCUGCCAGGGAGCGUGGAGAUCCAGAACAACACCAUCUACUUCAAAGGGCCCGUGUCCUACAGCGUGGCCGGCACCUACGUCUGCGAGGCCACCAACGCCAUCGGGACACGCUCGGGCUUGGUGGAAGUCAAUGUCACAGAAUUUCCCUACACCCCGUCUCCAAUCGAUGAUCACAAAUCCAUGGUGCAGCCGAACAUCCCCACACCGGUGAUUGGGGGCAUAGUGGGAGGCGUCUCGCUGGUCCUGCUGGUGGCCGUGGUGCUCUUUGUGGUGCUCCGGCGCCGGCGGCACACCUUCAAGGGUGACUACAGCACAAAGAAGCACGUGUACGGCAACGGCUACAGCAAGGCCGGCAUCCCUCAGCACCACCCCCCCAUGGCCCAGAACCUCCAGUACCCCGACGACUCGGACGACGAGAAGAAGCCGGGCCCCUUGGGAGGCAGCACCUACGAGGACGAGGAUGAGGAUGCAGGAGGAGAGCGCAAGCUGGGCGGCCCCAAAGCCUACGAGGAGGAUGCCAAGAGGCCUUACUUCACCGUCGACGAGGGCGAGGCCCACCCCGAACCUUACGACGAGAGGACACUCGGCUUCCAGUACGACCCCGAGCAGCUCGACCUGGCCGAGAACAUGGUGUCGCAGAACGACGGGUCUUUUAUUUCCAAAAAGGAGUGGUACGUGUAGCUCCAUGCCCCCGUGCUACACUCACACACUCACACACACACACACACAAACACGCUGGCGAGCGAUGCCCUCCCUCCCCUGCAUCCCUCCGAGCACACCCACGCACGCCCCGGCCCCGCACAGACUUUUUGGAUGCUCCCAGCAGGAUGGGGCUGGGGGCAGGCGGGGAGGGAGGGCGGCUUUGCUUACGGAUCCUUUGUUUUUUGUUUUUUCUGGGGGGGGAGGCGGGGCUCGUGCGGGAGGGCGGGAGGUCGGGUAAUUAUUUUCUCUCGGUUUUGGUUUGGCUUUUUAAUUUCUCUCUUCGACGACUUUCGUCCCCUUCUGUGGUGUUCGUAUUGGUCGGUGGCUUAGGUGUUUUACUCUUUGCUUUAACGACUGUUGCCCAGCCUGUAUAUUACACUCUGUUUGUGUCUUCAUGUCUCAGAGUGCCCUUCCCUCCCCGAGGCUUCCUCCUCCCACUCCCCCCCCCCGAAACACUGGAAAUUUGUUUGUAUGUUGUCUUCUUUGUUUGUUUUUUAACCCUGGGAGGGGGGCAGGUGGGCUGUCCGUAGGACAGAGGCCAGGAGAGUUUUAUGGCAAUGGAAACAUAGGUGCCAUUAUCAGGUGAAUGGAUUUUGGGGUUUUUUUUCCCCCAAUAUUUUUUUUUUUUUUUAAUCUUUUUUGGUGGGGUCUGGGUGACAUUCCCAUUGCCUGCUGCACACCUGGAGAGAACCACACACAGUUUUUAAUGACUCAAUAAAAGGAAAAUGAGGAGAAAGGGGGGAAAAAAAAGCCCUAAACCAAACCCCAGGUGCAGGGGCUGAUAGCAGAGCAGGGAAACAAAACUGCCAUUUUCCUCCCACAAUUUAUUAUUGCCUGGCUUUUCAUUUUUCUGUCUUUGUUUGAGUGUUCUUUUAAAAGAAAGAAAAGGAGUAUUUAUUGGUGACAUUUUUCCCCCUGUGAUGGCUCAGAGAAAGGCUGGCUCUUUUUGUUCUUGUUGCUGUUGUUGUCACUGGUACCAGCCACAGAGCAGUUCACUGGGGCACAUCCACUGGGGAAGGGACCAACUGAGGACACUUUGCUUCCACACAUUCACUGCCUUCAGCUCUGCUCUGCACACCCAGGCAGGGCAGGACCAGCCCCUGAGUUUUAUUUUAUUAUACCACUAAGACUUAAUUGUCAUGUGUUUACACUUUAUUUUUUAUUCUGGUCAGAGCAGGGGGGUGCUUUUCUCUCUCUCUCUCUCUCUCUCUCCUAGCAACAACCCCGUGGCUGCACCACGUAGCUGGCAUUGAUUGCCACUUUUCCGAUAUCACAUCCUCUCCUGAGCACAGGCUUGGCAGACAGGGUAGGAGGGAUUGAGCCUGGGGUAUUGAUCUCGCCCUCCUUGCCUUGAGCCACGGCGGUGUGCUGGGGAGGUUUGGAUUGCUGCUAUCUCUGCUCUGUGAAUAAAUGGGAUUCCAGACUUCAGGGCCCUCUGUCUCACACCGACCAUCUCCAGAUUAGGUUCACUGGGUUGGGGCUUAUUUUUCUUCUUGUGGGUUAUAAUUUUUUUUUUUUUUAAUUUGAUGUAUAAAUAAAUCUUUUGUUUGAAAAGAAAUCCCCAGUUUUCUGAGCUGUAUUAUCAUGCACAUCUAAAAAUAGCAGGACUAAUUCUCCUCCUGCCUUACCUGCUGGGUUUUGUUCCACAGCGGUUAUCCUGCUGCAAAAAGGGAGGAGGGUGGAGAGGCAGAGCCACACAGAUGAGUCAAGGUCAGAGCUCUGAUCCAGGCGGCCUCCAAAGCUUUCCUUUCCCUCGAGGUGCUCGGUGCAGACCACAGGGAGCUCAGCCUGAGCCAUCCCCAGUGUGCUCUGAUUGCAUUAGUGGGGUACAAUCCAAUUGUAGGGCUGUAAUCUCUCUGCUGUUCCUGCCAGCCCCUCAGGCUUCCUGGCUUCUGGCACGACAGCCACACGCCCCAGGAAAGCUGCUUUGUGUCCUCUCAGAGCCAGGGCAGACAGAGAUUCCCUCGGGAUCCCUCAGGCUGAACCAUCCCAGCUCUGUCCACUGCCACCAGGAGCACCCUGCUAGCAAGAAAGCCCCAAUAAAGGAAAUGAAACCUCUUAACAUCUCUCCAAAUCUCAGAUUACCAAUGAUUAGGGGUGGGAAUGACUUCCCUCCAGUGCCUUGGGAGAGCAGCACACACAGGGCUUUGAUUCCCCCGAAGGGAGAGCCUGUAAUCUGGAUCAGGGCACAGUGUGUGGUGCAGGGGGAAUUCCCAACAAAGUCCAUCUCUGGAGUGAAUAAUCCUUUUGAUCUGAAUGCCACAGCCAGGCUGGGAACAGGAUGGUGACAGUGCCUCCAACACCAAACUCUGGGGAGGCAUCAGAAGGCACCGAGUGAGAUCAGUGGCACAGACCCUGCCCUGCAGAUUUCCCCCAGCACAGGUACACCCUGUCAGGAGGUGCCUUUGGAAAACAAUCUUCCAUAAAAUCUGCAGGGUCCAGCAGUGAUUUGUCACCUUCAGGUCACUGCUCAGGUCUGGCAAAUUCCCCCAGCUCUGUGUCCUAAAGGAGCAAAGGCUGGCAAGUGGGGCAGAAGGGCCUGGGGGAGAUCAGGGCUGUUCCCAAGUUUGGGGAUGACCAAAGGAACACCAAGAAAUCUGCUUUGGGAGUUAUUUUGCCUCUGAAGGUGUCAUUUUUGGAGCUGCAGCCUCCUUGGCUUAUUUAUUGCCCAUUCACACACUGUCCACUGAGUGAGGGCUCAAAAACCCAGGGAAAGGAAAGGAGAGACUGGAGCAAUGUGGAAUUUCCAAGCUAGAGCCUGUACAAAAUUCCCUUCCUGCUGCAGCACUUUUUCCUGCCCUUUUUGCACCAGCCCAAAUUUAGCUCAGCCACUUACCUCCUCAGAGUGGUUCAGAAAAGGGGUCAAAUGACCAUUUUUCAUCCAGAACCUGGAGUGGAAGAUCCUUAGCCAGCAUUGCCCGGCACAGCAGCGAGGCACCCUGCGAGUUCAAGGUUCAGUGCUGCAUUUCUCUCAUCCUUGAGCUCUUCAGCAUUGCUCCCCUGGUGCAAUUAUCACCACAGCCACGGAGAAAUGCCACCUCUGUGCUGUCAUUUGCUCCUUGCUGUCCUUUGCAGGGUCAGCUAGAUGGCCAAGAGACUCUUGGGGUGGUAAUUAGCCAAGUGAUUAGCCAUUAAUCCAUAGCAAGGUGGAAGGAAAAAGAAGUGUGGGGGAAGAAAAUCAGAUUGAUGCUUCAUCCGAGAGCUGGUUUGGUCCAGUAAUAGCAUCCCUGCCUUCUCUGGGUUAAACUGCUCUGAGGGGAACCCUUGGAGGGAACUAAUGAGUUUUUCCAGCACCAUCAAGCAGAAGGUGGUACCUGAUCCUGCCGGGGUGAGCUCAGGAGAGAGGCCAAAGGGAGGAACCACGUGCAGGGCCUGCCAGGGCAGCUCUUGGCUCGGCGGAUGGUGUCACCUGUCCCUUGGUGCCCCAAUUCCCCGCAGUGGGCAGGUUCUGGGUCACACAUCAGCUCACAGGCUGGGUCCCUCCGGCUGCCUCAAGUGAAAAAUCCCCGCUUCUCCCACCCCGCUUCCAUCAGAGGUGCUGAGGAGGUGGGAAAUACCCCCAGGACCCGGCAAAGAGCCAGUGGCAGCUCCCAGUUGGGUGAGGGAAGCUGUCCCCUCUCCUCCCCUCCAGCUCGGUGCUAGGGAGCUGCUGCUGCUCUCCGGGAAAUGUCCCAUUUCACACCAGUCCCGAGCUGCUGUGGUCCCCUGGCUGGCAGUGCCUCAUCACCUCCCUGGGCUGGGCUCUGCCAGGGAGCACAGACACCAGCCUGGUGCUUCUCCCUUUCCCAAACCCUCAUCCUGGAUGGCAAAGCUUGUGCUACCUCAGGGUGGGUGGGGAAGCAGUGAGAGAGAGGACAGUGACUCAAAAUUCAGGUGAAUUUGGGCCAAUCCCCCCUGUUUCCUUCCCGGUGUGAAUUCAGGGAGCUGUGCAAGCAAACAGAUCGCAACCCACAACGAGCCUGUGCUUUAUGCACAAAGACACCCUGCUGGGGCUUUUCUCUAGUUUUAUUCAUUGCAAUUCACCCUAGUGAUGUUAUUUUCCCUUAUUUAAUUACCAGGUUUGUUGGGUUUUUUUCCCCUGUUAAAUUAUUUUCAUUCAAGCAGGGGAGGAAAAAAAAAAACCAAAAAAAAAGAAAAAAACAACCUGAAGAUUUCCUCAUGAAAUAAAUCAACGAACUGAGAUGGUUGCACCAAAUUGAUUGCAAAGACAUGAGGGACAAAGGGAACCAUUUUCCUGAUGUUGAGUCAAAAAGAAACACAACAACAGUUCAGCAAAAAUCGCGGAGGGUUAGGGAGAGAGAGAUUCCAAAGAUUGAUUUUGAGGCAAUUAGAGAAGGGAGUGUGAUUGGAAGGGGGGCUGCUGCUCUGCUGGGUGCUUCCUUCUGCACACACACACACACAUACACACACACAGAUCUUUGGGGUCUGGGUACCAGAGUAAAUGGAGGGGAAAACCCCAUUGCCCUUGUGGGGGUCAGAUGUGUCAUUCCUGCAGGCUCUGAGGUUUCCGAUGUGGGAACAAGGGGAUCCCAGGCUGCCAGAGGGUUAAAAUCCACUUUUAAGUUUCCACUGUGGGUCUGUGCAGGCUGUGGGGACAGGGGACACUGCCAGCCUGUUCUUUAUUGAUGAGGUGUGAAACAGCACCUCGGCUUCCCCACCCUGCCCUCCUUCCACCCCUUCAUCCCCAGGGAAAUUGCUGCCAGUUUGAGCUUUUCCUUGGGAUGAGCAGGGGAAUCCUUGGGACAGGGGAGGGUGUGAAGCCCUUGGGUCCUUCCCAUCAGUCCCGAACUCACCCCGGAGUGGGGACCGAGGGCAGGGGGGCUCAGCCCAUCAGCAAGGGAAGGAAAGGCAAGCCCCAGCGAGAGGCUGAGCUUGGCUUUGGGAGCAGGGGAUGGUCCGUGUGUGAUUCCCUGGGCUGAAUGGAAGGAGCUCACCGAGUCACAUCCUCCGCUGGCAGACGCUGCUGUUGGUGGAGGGACUCUCGUUGAGCAUCUGGAUUUCCUUUUCUUUGGCCUUUCUCUUUUUUUAAAACAUGAUUCCUCAGCUCCAG